AUGGAAGAACAAUUUACUGAUACUGGAAGAGCUGCAAUUGAAUCUAGCAGAUCUGUAAUUCAGUACUUAACAGAUCUUUUUGCUACAGUAACUCAAAAAGUUGAAGAAUCGCCGAGAUUCAGUAGUGUAUUACACAAAGUUGAAGAACAAACUAACAUUCCUGGUGCUUAUAUAGUUUCAGCUUUUACGGCAUGUGUCAUAUUUUUUCUUGUCUUGACUUACGGACUCCAUGUGCUAGUUGAUGUUGUGAUUGUGUUGUAUCCUUCAUAUAAAUCAUUCAAAGCUUUGGAAGAUAAGAACCCACAAAGUAUAUCUCGUUGGAUGGAGUAUUGGAUUGUGUUCGCCUACUACCACGUGGUAGAAAAUGUCUUGGAUAACAUAUUCCUCUCCUGGAUGCCCGGUUAUAAAGCUACGAAGUUCUUGUUUCUGUGCUGGUGUUUUGCUCCAGUGAGAUACAAUGGAGCAGGAGCAAUCUACAAAGGCUAUAUUGAACCGGCUUUCAAACAUAAUGAAGAAACUGCAGAUCGUUUGAUUAAGCACUGUGCACAGUUUUGGGAGCUGCGGGCUCGCGUGAAGCUGCCCCCGAAACUAAGAGUCACGCCUCUGCACUUAGCCAAUCGCAAUGACUGA